CUUUCUCUUGCUCCUUCUAAUUCCUUGUGAGAUUCUUGAACUUUGAUUGAACCUUUUGAGAUUGAGUUAAGUUCUCCUCCUACAGCUUACCCCCUAAUGCGUCGAAAGCCAUAACGUCGCGAAUACUUCAGCAAUCAACGUGAUUCAAAUUGGGAAAGGUAGCUGAGAUUAAGAGCUACAACAUAUCCAAGUUUCGCGACAUUCCAACGGCUAGUUUUUAGUCGAAGUCGUUUCUUGUGAAGACGACUUUUCUGUCCAGAAUUUCGGAUUUAUAUUUUGAGUAAUUCUAGCUCCUAAGUUCACCUAGACUCCGUCCUUAAUCCUAACAAGUGGUAUCAGAGCAAUAUUAAGGACAUUGAGAGGAGUCUACAGAAGUUUGAAGACCCUUCUAGACCCACCAUGGCCUGUGGGUGUGCCUAAGUGGUGUUCUAAAGGUUGGAUGUGACUUCCGCUAAGGGGAAACUCUGCCGAAAUUUCGUGGAGGCUGACACUUGUGAAAAUAUCGAGGGAGCUGAGUGUGGACAGCAAAGGGGAGCUGAAAUUCGUCAUUUCUCAAGGAGGAGAUGAAUGAGAGAGGAGGAGAUGCUAAUGGAAGAGGAGCUGUAGCUGAGAAGGCAAGUGAGCCGCCGCAAUCAAAAGUUGAAGCUUUGGAUGGCUCCAACUAUGAGGAAUGGAGCGGACGGAUGAGGAGUGCCUUCAAACGCUACAAGCUACUGAAGAUUGCUGUUGGGGAAGAGAAGAUGCCGGAAGAAGGCGAAGCACGCGAACGGUGGAUUGAGAAAAGCGCGGUGCUUUUCGACCUCAUUCUUCAAUCGGUCAACAAGGAGAUGUUCGAGCACAUCAAGGAUCUUGUGGAAGCGGAUGAUUCGGGUCCAAGGGCGUGGAAACUACUACGCGAUGUGAUUCAGCCCAACACUCUCCCAAUGGUGAUCGUGCUCGAGAAGGAACUUGCUGCCAUCUCCAUGCGACCAGGGGAUGAUGUGAAGCCGGUCCUUGACAAGAUCAAGGACACCUAUGCAAGGAUGGCAGCAGCGGGCAGUAGUGUAUCUCAGCUGCAGCAGUGCACCAAGAUCAUCUCGGUGUUGGACAACUCUUGGGACAACCUCAUCCCCACCCUCAACUCUCAGCAAGAUCAAUGGACACCUGAGUGGCUAAGGCAGCAGAUUCUGCAGGAGGACUUCCGCAGACGCCAUGUGGGAGGCGGUGCUGCCACUAAGACUGCUGAGGGGUAUGGAGCUGCAGGGCGCAGCAGAGGAAGAGGGGGUUGGAGAGGCCGAGGCCGUGGGAGGAGCUUUGGCAGAGGUAGAGGCCGAGGUGACUAUAAUGAGGGGCAUGGAAGCUCCAGUGGCAGGGGGAGUACCAGAAUGGAGGGCACCUGCUGGUACUGCAAGAAGGUCGGGCAUCCUUGGUUCAAGUGCUUCAGCAGGCCGGAGGGAUGGUCACCUCCAGGCAUGAAGCCGCCCAGUGGUGAACGUGCACAAGGUGGCGCUGUGCAAGGCUCAGGUGCACAAGGUGAAGGUGCACAAGGUAAUGCCUAUCCUGGGAUGUUUCUCAUGGUUGAGGAUGUGCAUGGGCAUGAGGGUGAUGUGGGAUCUGUGGGAAAGGUUGUGAUGCACCCUCUCAUGCACUGGGUGAUUGAUUCGGGUUGCAUCAGUCACAUGACCCCACGGGCAGAUUUGCUUGAUGAGGUAAAACCCCCUGGGAAGAUCAAGUAUGUGGCAGCAGCGUCAGGUGCUUUGCUCCCUGUGAUUGGCGUUGGGAAUGCCAAGGUUAAGGGAGCUAAUGGGGAGCUUGUGGGGCUUGGGAAUGUUCUGCUAGUUGAAGGUUUGUCUGCUAACCUUCUCUCUGUGCGGCGACUGCAGAAGAGCAAGGCCGAAGUGACCUUUGGACCAACCAGCUGCCGUGCUAAGCUUGGGAAGAAGGUGCUGUGGAGUCUGGAAGAGGAGACCAGCUGCAUCAAGGACCUAUGGCAGCUGCCCAUCAUCCCUUGGAAUGGGAAGACUCCAACAACAGCAACGGCAGCAGCGGCAAAGGCAACAGCAGGAGGAGAUGCAACUGCACCAACUGAUGGGGUCCUGGAAGCAGUCAAGAAAGUGCAGAAGCAGCAGACACAUGGUGAGGUGCUUGCUGGUGUGGAUGCGAGUGCGGCAUGUGCUAAGGCUUCAUCAAGGAGUGGAGAGGCCGAUUGGGAGACAUGGCAUGAGAGGUUGUGUCAUGUGAACUUCCCUAUGCUGCAGAAGUUGGUGAAGAAUGGGAGCCUGAAGGGCUUGGAGGUGAAAGGGGAAGUGAAGGAGAUUGGGAGCUGUCCUACAUGCUUGGAGACCAAGUUCUCCAAGUUCCCCUUCAACAGCACUACAGGACCAGCCAAGACCCCACUUGCACUUGUGCACAUGGAUGUGGUGGGGCCCACAAGAGCCCCUUCCCUCUUAGGCAGCCGCUAUUUCUUGACAAUUGUAGAUGACCACACUCGGGCAGUGUGGGUUUACCCUUUGAAGAGCAAGGGGGAGGUGGCAGCGGCUGUCCUUAAGGAAUGGAUGCCUAGAGCUCAGAGGGAAUGCGGACACAAGGUGAAGGUGAUCCGCAGUGACAAUGGUGGGGAGUUCAUUGGAGCUGAUUUUGAGGGGGAGUUGAAGAGAAAGGGGAUCCAACAUCAACUGACAGUGCCCUACAACCCGCAGCAGAAUGGCGUGGCUGAGAGGUUCAACAGGACCCUGCAGGAGGGGGCACGCACUCUCCUUGGGCGUGCAGGGCUGCCUGAUCCGUUUUGGGUGUCUGCACUGAGGCAGGUCGCCCUUGUGAAGAACAGGGUGCUGGCUACAGUUGGAGAUAAGGAGUGGAUCCCAUAUGUCAAGUGGUAUGGGAGUGCUCCAGCUGUGAACAUGCUGAGGGCAUUUGGGUGCAUGGUGGUGUUUCAUGUGCCUAAGGAGAAAAGGGGGAAGUUGGAGGCUUCUGGAAGAUGGGGUGUGCACUUGGGGAUUGCAAAGGAUCACAAGGGGUGGCUGCUAUGGGACUUGACCACCCAGAAGUUGACAGUGUCAAGGGAUGUGAAGUUUCUUGAGUCCCUGUACUACAAGGAAUGGAAGCAGCAGCAACAGAAGCUUCCAUCUACACCGCUCAUUGUGGAGGCAGAUGAGGUGCAGCAGCCUUCAAGACAGGUGGAGGUUGCAGUGUCAGAGGAGGAGAUGUCUGGGGUGACUGAGGAAGGGGGAGCAGCUGAGGUGGAGCAGCAGCAGCAGCAUGAAUCUCCACCUCGAGUUCCACACCCGCCUGAGCGUCCUAGGAGGGAUGUGCGCCCUCCUGUGAGGCUGACCUAUGGGGGAAGAGGCAAGCCGAAUGUGGUGCAGGCUGGGAGUGUGGUUGAGCAGAUUGAGGAAGAUGAGAUCGCUCACUGCUACUGGGCACCAAUCCCUGAGUACAUGGCCUUACACCAUGGGGCCAAGGAAGUAGUGUGGCUAAGGCGUUUGUUGGAGGAGUUGGGAGUUGGUCAGGAGAAGCCGACAGUUGUGUUUUGUGACAAUGAGUCCGCUGUGAAGCUCGCCAAGAAUGCUUGUCUGCAUGGGCUGACAAAACACAUAAGGCCUAAGUGGCAUUGGGUGAGGAGAAUCCUUGAUAAGGAGGUGCGGCUGGAGAUAGUGAAGACCCAUCAGCAGGCAGCAGAUAUUUUCACUAAGCGUCUGGCGGAGGCGGAUCAUUGGAAAGGCAUGAAGCUUGCUGGAAUGAGUGUGCAUUGAGUAUGCAUGCUUGAGAUGUUGGUAUGGUGGUUGAUGGUUGGCAGCCAGAGGGGGAGAUUGUUGUGUGAUGUCAUCAUAUGCUAUCACAUUCUGUCUGCCUCCCAUCCCAUGUUUUUUCAACUUGCAUGUGUGGUUUGAAUGUGCAAGCAUUUGUGUGUGGUGUGUUCUGGAGUUUGGGAAUAUUCUUGAACUUUGAUUGAACCUUUUGAGAUUGAGUUAAGUUCUCCUCCUACAGCUUACCCCCUAAUGCGUCGAAAGCCAUAACGUCGCGAAUACUUCAGCAAUCAACGUGAUUCAAAUUGGGAAAGGUAGCUGAGAUUAAGAGCUACAACAUAUCCAAGUUUCGCGACAUUCCAACGGCUAGUUU